GAGGUGUCUGAUAUAGUACUACAGCACGUGAGAAAUUAAAGAGUGUGCGGGACAGAGAGAACGGGCGAGCAGUGAUAGAGAACAGGAGAAAGCACGGAAGAGGUUGCUAAUAGCACGGAAUUUUGGGCGAGUGAGCGUGGAAGUCUGGAUGGGGGAAUCCCGAGGAGGAGAACUCACAAACGGCCACGACACCAGACAUGAAUCCGAGGUUACAAGCGGAUUCACGUUGAUUUUUCAUGCACCUGCAAGAGAAACAGGGAUUUAGUGGUGGAGGCCGGUGCGCUGCCGCAUGCAAGAUAUCUGCUGUUUUAGGUGGCGGUCUGACGACGAUGCUCCAUGCCAUGGAAGUCCCAAGUCAUGCUAGGCACCUCCUCCUGCAACUCAACACCCAGCGCACCAAGGGCUUCCUGUGUGAUGUCAUCAUCGUGGUGCAGAACGCGUUGUUCCGAGCCCACAAGAACAUUCUGGCCGCCAGCAGCCUCUACCUGAAGUCCCUGGUCGUCCAUGACAACCUCAUCAACCUAGACCAUGAGAUGGUGAGUCCCGGGGUGUUCCGGGUCAUUCUAGACUACAUCUACACGGGUCGCCUGACCGAAGGAGACCCCAGCUCCCCAACAGAGCCCAACCUGGGGGCCGUGCUGGCUGCAGCUAGCUAUCUGCAGCUACUGGACUUAGUGGCGUUGUGUAAGAAGAAGCUGAGGAGAAAUGAGAAGUACCCUCUCCGCCCCACUCCUGCCUUUUUGCGCUAUGGGAAGAUGGGGCCCAAUAGUUUGGGUUUAGGGGGAGGGGGCAGGUAUCGGGUGUCCACCCCUGUUAUUCAGUCCUGCUACCCAGGUGGAGUUGGGAACACCCACACGCCCCGAGCCCCACCACUAGAGGAGCUGUCGCUGCACCCCCAUGCCACCCAUGCAGGGGAGUUGUAUGCCCCCACCUCUUCACAGGGCCCUCAGGUGUUCCCCUCCACACCCUCAGCCCUGCCUGCCCAGCCCAGCCUGCGCCCAGCUCACUCUGACAGGAACUGCUCCCCCAUCUAUGGCCUGGACCUCUCCAAGAAGAGUCCCAACUCCCAGUCCCAGAACACGCCCUCCCACCCCCACCUGGCUCAUGCCCUGCCCCACAACGAUGAGGAUCGGGAGGGGGGGCUGAGCAGCCGCACUAGCCCAAUGCUGGGGGCCAACGGCGGGGCCUACCCCACAGAAAAGAUGGAAACAGCUGAUCAGGCUGGGUCUCUCCCUCUUUACUCCUACCCCCACCUCAACCAGCCCCUCGGGCCCCACCUGCCCCACCUCCACCGCUCCAGCUCCCAAGGUCCAGACCACUACCCCUGCCCCCCCAGCCCCGACACCCCCACAGAGGCUGGAGAGCCCAGCAGGGAGGUGGGCAACAUCUACCGCUGGGUGAAGCAUGAGCCACUGUCAUACACAGCUGAAGAUGAAGAAGAUGACGAAGAUGAGGAGGAAGGGGGUCGAAACGGAGACCAGGACCACCAGCAUCACAACCACCAUCAUAAGGCAGGGGAGGAAAGCGAGGAUCGCUACCGUAGGGUGGGCUGUGACGGGGAGGAUGAGAAGAGUGGGUCAGGCAGUGAGGAGACAGGCAGUAGUGAGGGUCGACCAUCACCCACAGGGGCCAUGGGAAGGUUCCACCUACCUUACGAGCCUGAGAGCUUUGGGGACAACCUGUACGUGUGCAUCCCCUGUGACAAGGGCUUCCCUAGCUCUGAGCAGCUCAACGCCCAUGUAGAGACCCACACAGAGGAGGAGCUGUACUCUGGAGGGGAGAUGGGUAGCAGCAACAGCAACCCCAAAAACAACAGCAGCAACAGCAACGGUAAUGGCAACCUGGGCAGCCUGUCCUACCUGGAGGGGAAGUCCAGCCAGAGCCUGACUCCUGGGGUCCUGGGGGAGAUCAUCAGACCCUAUCGCUGUAACUCCUGUGAGAAGUCCUACAAGGACCCGGCCACGCUGCGCCAGCACGAGAAGACCCACUGGCUCACAAGGCCCUACCCCUGCAGCAUCUGUGGCAAGAAGUUCACCCAGCGCGGCACCAUGACCCGCCACAUGCGCAGCCACCUGGGACUCAAGCCCUUUGCAUGCGACCACUGCGGCAUGCGCUUCACCCGCCAGUACCGCCUCACAGAGCACAUGCGCAUCCACUCCGGGGAGAAGCCCUAUGAGUGUCAGGUGUGCGGGGGCAAGUUCGCCCAGCAGCGCAACCUCAUCAGCCACAUGAAGAUGCACAGCAGUGGGGGGGCCGGAGGGGCUCUGACGGCCGACGGAAAGCUAAAGCUUGACUUUUCGGAGGGGAUCUACCCCCUGAGUAAAUACGCAGCAGAGCACCUGGGGCUGAAGCAGGAGAAGGCCUCAGAGCUACUGGUAGAGCAUGCCAUGGAGAGCCUGUUCCCGCUGUCCAAACUGGCAGCAGAACACCUGCGCCUCAACCACCAUGACAAGAUGGAUGUCCUGGGGAUCCAGGCCCUGCCCCCUCCCCCAGGGUCCCUCUCUGACUCCCACUCCCGUAUCAUUGACCGCUACUCCCCCAGCUAAAAUGGCCUUGGCUACCAAACAGUCCUGUGGGCACACAACUUAACUUACAGUAUUCUAAUGUCAUUCACCACAACUUCAUCAGUAUCUGCACCUCAGACUAAGGCCAAUACCUGGCCUAAAGAAUGCCCACAAACUGUGUAGACUCCUAUAAGUGCCUUUCUUUCCAAAGUUUGCAUUAUAUGCAUUUCAAAAACCUUCCUAGAAGAACUGUGCUAUUUCUAUUAUAUUUUGACCAAGGAAUACCCACUCAAAACAGUGUAGUAUUUAUCUAUAUGGAAACAAUUUUUUUUUUUUAAACCACCGAGCCAAAAACAAAUUGAGAACCAAAAAGCAAUUGUUUUUAUUUAUUUUUUUGUGCGUUAUGAAAAACCAAAGAAACUGUUGCAAGAAAGUGUUGCAAUCAGACCCUAAACCUGUGUACUAAAUGUACUAUUGUACUAUUACUGUUGUAAAUGUAUAUAAAAUGGAAAAAAGCACAUAUGGACAUGAUUCAGGGCUCCUGUCCAGAACUGAAAGGAACGCUGCACAAAAGAAAAAGCCAAACCUUUGGGAUUUGCAAGUGAUUGGAACACUGCAUUUAGUUUUUGGGGUACUGGAUGUCCUCUGUAUCUUCCUAUUCAGUUGUACCCCAUGCUCCAGAUGUCCUAGCCAUGAGGGAGUGAAUAACGGAAGACAGCAUUCGCUCCACCAUUUAAGUCAAGUGAUCUAUGCUUUGUUUUUCCACCGUUUUUACGUACUUCAUGAUCAUGAUGUUGUGUACAGAGAGACUCAUAUUAAAUAAUAGUAGCUUACUGACUCUUACACCCAGUGCCAUAACCCUUUAAACCCAUAACCUCUCUUUAGACUUGCAUCCCAGUGCCUUCAAAUUGUUAUUGAAAAGUAGCGAGGAGCACAACCCUGUGAUCUCACAACUGGGACGCAUCAUGGUGCAUACCCAACUGAUGACACGCCAAUCCUUCUCCAUGGCUUCAACAUCCAGUGGUGUGGAGUGUAGACUAAGCAUGGGUGUUGCCUGUGACAUUGUGGAAUAUUUACAACGGUGGGUGCAGCUGUACAACUCACCAGAGGAGAGCACAGAGAGGCCACCCAAGUCAGUGCCGAGAGGCUAGAGUCAAUUACCACCAAUCAGUCACUAUCAAUAGCAGCAAUUCCCUCUAACACAGAUGAAGAAUCAGGACUGACAAUUGUCCCAUACUGCAGAUAAAUAACCACUUUAAAAACCUUUUGACCAGCCCCAUGUAGUCUCAACUCUGUCUGAGAGACAGAGGGUCGUGCUGUCAUUGACAGGCCAAAGUGACUGCUCCGCUGCUGCCUUAAUACACACACGUUCACACACACACACACACACACACACACACACACACACACACACACACACACACACACACAGGGACUGGGAGCUGCUAAUGUGACGACGUUGUGAACAUGAGAGCUGGGCGCUAGCUGCCUCUGACAGUGCUCUGCUCGUGGUGCGGCGGCAGGCCGGGCCGUCGGUGUGGGUGAACAGCACAGCCCAGCUGCUGGCCUCCCAGUCUUCCAAUAAUCCCUGUGAAAUCUCACAUUCUCCCUGACAAUUCACACUGUCUGUCGGCCUGACGGCCCAUUUCAUGCCUGCCAUCCAGCCCCUCUGAUCCACACCAUGACAAGACAUCCGAGCACUGCCGAGCCGAGUCCUACCAUCUGCCCUUCCAUGCUUCCCUGCCUCUCUGCUAGCAGGCUAUCAAACAUGGCACAAUACAGUACAGUAGCAGGUCUCAAUAUCAACCACCCAGUUCCUUUAGAAAACAAUGAGCACUUAUUGUUUUGGGGUUGAAGGCACUUAUUGUUUUGCAAUUUAAAAAAUAUCUAUAUUCCAAGGAGCAUGCUGGCUUUUUCUUUUUCUACGUUGUCGGACCUUGUGUCAGAUUGGAGUUUGUUGACCACUAUAGUGCCAAUGCCAACCUCAGUAGGUUAAUGUGAAGACUAAAGCCAUGAAUGCACUGUGAUAGAUUUAGUGAAUCUUAAAACCUUAGCUUGGAGACUGAGACAGUAAGCCCUAGUAUUGUGGGAUUGUAUUAAUGUACAACAUUAAUUGAAGGGCUUUAUUCUGUAACAUAAUGAGCAUAUCAAGGUGUGUUUUUCUGUCCCAUAUUUUCUUUCUCUUUCUUUAGAUUUUGAACCAAAGCAAAGUGAAACUGGUGCUUACCUCAGGACUGAACCCAGCAUGGGGACGCAACACUUUAGCUACACAGCAAUCAACCAACCAAACACACACGUACACACUUAGAUACAAGCAGAUACAGACGUCUACACACAUUUUUAUUUUUAUUUUGAGGGGACAAUAGUCCUGUGUUAAACUUGUGGUUAUUUCAUGGUUAUGAGAUGUCUUACAAUUUUGUUGAUAACAUGUGAUAUUAACAUUUUCUGCUUUUAUCUUAAUAUUUUGGGUAAAUGUUCCUUUUUUACUGCCCUCAAAGAGGCUUUGUGUGGUUCAGACCAAUGACAUUAUCUUCAUAAGGAAAAGUCAAGCUGGUGAUCUUCUUUAAUUCAACAGAAUAUACAAAUGUACAUGUUGAUGGGGCUUGUAAGACAAGACGUAAGGCAAUACCUCUGGUUCCAAAGAAACGUAUAAACACUCUAUGUGAGUUAGGUCUUUUAUUUUUCACCCGAAGCCGCAAUGUUUAGUGACGUGUUUGGUUGCACACCAGGAGUGAUGUAUUUCUCAGUGUUUCCCUAAACAGAUAAACAGUGGCUGGGCUCUGAGUGGGUGAAAGCUAUAGCCUGAAGAUGUUUGACCCAUUUCUCUGGACGGGGUUUGUGAGCUGAUGAUGAUGAUACUCAGACUAAGGCUGUGUGUGUAUUCAUACCACAAACACACUUUAAGCUAGCUUGUUUCCAGCCUACGUGGAACACACAAAUCCACACUUGUCUCCAAAGUUAAUUUAGAAAAUAGUCUCCAGCUGUUUUGUAAUAACAAAAUAAACUAGUUUAAAUGACAGGGGCAGUGGACAAUUUCAAUAUUCUAUGUAUCAUGGCAGUAUGAGGUUGGACCACAGACAUGUAAAGUCCCAUAGACAAGAGGUAACAGCCCAUUUGAAGUGGAUGUCAACGGUGGGAAUAUACAUCUCUCCUGCUCAUUCUCUCUCUCAUUCAUUAGUUCAAUCUCACUGAAAGUCUAUCUCCCACUUUCCUUUUUGUGCACCGUUAAAACAAGAAAGAAUGUGUUUCCACUGACACUCUGAAUCUGUACAGGAAGAGAAAGCAGGAUAAUGUUCAGCGUUACUGUUCUGAAAUGACCCUUUAUAUAAAGGGAAAGGGGAGACCUAGUCAGUGGUACAACUGAAUGCCUUCAACUGAAAUGUGUCUUCCGCAUUUAACCCUCUGAAUCAGAGAGGUACGGGGCGUUGCCUUAAUCGACAUCCACGUCUUCGGCGCCCGGUAAAGAUGGGUUAACUGCCUUGCUCAGGGCCAGGGGGGCCGUGUGUGUGUGUGUGCGUGCAUGCGAGCGAGCAAGUAUAAAGGGAGAAGUGUUGGGUUGUCUGUUUGUGUCCACAUGUUAUUUGAGUAUAUGAAUGGCUGUUAAUGUAUGCUCUGGGAAUAGUUCUGGUGUGAAGGAGAGGAGAGGUGUGGAGGAGCAGAAAGUGAACUCUUGGCUGGGCUUUAGUGUUGAGCAGGAUGUGCAGUGUGUUUCUGCUCGCGGACCGAUAGAGACACAGAUGGAGAUAGGGAGGGAGAGGAGUAUGGAGAGCUCAGCAGGGUGGACAUGAGCCCAUUGUUUAAAUAUGAAAGACUGAUCUUACUUCUAAACCUCUCCAUUGAGAAAACGUUAAGAGCCUCCCUAUCUUCUUCUUCUCCUCUUCCUUCCUUUCUUUUCUUUCUUUUUUUAAAGGGGAGGAAACCCCUGUCCACUCUUAUAUUGUACAGUGAUGUUCUUACUGUGCUCUACUUUCAGAAAGGUCCAAUGCAGACGUUUUUAUUUAAAUAUUACAAUUUUGGGGUAACAAUGAAGUACCUAACUGUGAUUGUUUUCAAUCAAAAUGGUAGAAAAAAAAGUUUCUUAGCGAAGAGCAAUUUCUCAAACAAGUCUGUCUGGGAGUGGUCUGAGUGGGGAGGGGAAAACUGAAAACUAGCUGUUAUUGGCAGAGAGGUUUGGAACUCUCUUUCUUAUUGGUCUGUUAACUAAUUUAGGCUGGCCAAAACUCCACCCCAUACAGCUCUUACACCAAAAGGACAUUCUCAUAAUUUUCACAAUUUCACAGUAUUAUUCCAACCGGAGAGUGUGAGAAUAUAUAUAUAUAAAACACAGGAAAAUCACGAUUUUGACUGCACUGAUCUUUUAACAACCACUUUCAUAAGCUUUGUGGUGUACUUUUAGCACAACCAGUUCAGAAGAGGGCUCUCUAUGACAUAACUGUUUAGGAAAAAGAAGAGCAGCCUCCCUCCAUAUCACCACUAUUACAGUUGACAUUUACUAUACAAUGUGUGCCAAGAGAACGUUAGCAUUUUGUUGACCGUGACUAGAGCUCAAUACAAGACAGGAGAAAAAUAAAGCUCUGUCAGUUUUAAUGCAGAGACAAUCUUUUCAUAAUUAUUUUAUUGGGAUAUUCUGUGCCUCAUUCUUGCCUUGCAGACUGACUUUGCCUUAUUAGAAAAACAAGCAAUGUUGAUACUAGCAUUCAAUGCAGACUUGUUGUAACUUUUCUGGCCAAUGUUCAUAUUGAGGUUUUCAUUUUUUUACUCCUGUGAUUUUUUGGGGGGAAUCUUAUGAACUCAUGGAACAUGUAUAGGUAUUUGAACCCUAAGCCUGAUCCAUAUGUCAACUAUUAUGAAAUAACCCUGGAUUAUGUAAAUGACUCUGAUGUCUGGUGUGCGUGUGCAUCUGCUGAGUGACCACAAUGCACCUGUCCAUCUGUGUUAUUUCUCUGCUGUUCCCACAGUGGACCUGUUUGAAUUAGAAGGGAGGGAGAGAAUUGACACUUUCAACGGUCUUUAUUACAAGCAGCUGCUUUCCUCCAUUUAUUCCCCCAAACUGCACUUUUCUGAAGAAAUCAUUGAAUUAUGAUUUGUAUUACCCUCGCGACCCCCUCGCGACCCCCCUCAAUCGCCUUUCCUCUCCCACGUUGCUUCCUCCUUUUCCUCCGUCUCUCCCCGAUCCACUGGCCUCCCACUUAUCCUUCCCUCGUUACUUCAAAGCACUGCUUUCCCUUCACCUCUCUGUCUGUCUCCCGCUCUCUUCUUGACACUCAGCACGAACCACUAGCCCACGCCGCCAGCCCUCCUCCUCUCUACUCCUCCUUCCCUAUUCCCCCUCUCUCCCAUGAUCAAGUCAUUUCCAGCUGUUUUUCCAGCUGAAGAAGACAGUUGUCUAAAUGUUUACGCAAACAACUACUUUCUUUUUCUUAACACCCUGAUCAAGUUCCAAGAUGAACUUCAAGGCAUGUGUUACAAUACUGAGGAUGACGGGCCAAAUACAACAUUUGAUGACGUUAUUAUGUACUUGCUUUCAAGUCAGGAAGUGUAUUACAAAGGCAGAUAAAAUAGCAUUAUUAUUGAGGAAAUGCAGGAUACUAUGAGAAGGAAAUGUUCAGGGGGAAAUAUGCUCAGAAAGAUGCCAGUAAAGUAAACAUGAGUGGAUUAAAUUGCACAAUUAAACCGGACCACAGCUCCACCAGCCAAGUCAUCUGCUGAGAUGGAGAGGGAGAGAAAGAAAGAGAGAGAAAGAAAGAGAAAGAAAGAAAGAGAGAGAGAGAAAGAAAUAAUGAGAGAGUUAAAGUACCAGUCAUAGCUUCAGUAAACAACAUAGAAAAAACUGAGUGUCGGUGAGCUGCUGUAUCGUAAGGUUUUCAUGUUGGCGUCUCAGUCUGGGUGCCCUCAGCAUUGGUUUCUUCUUACCAGGCCUUCAAAUCUUCAAUCAGUCUCCCCAUGAUAGAGACAGACAGUCUUUGUUGAAGCAGAGGAGAGUGGUGUGGCUAGUGGCUGCCCCAUGUCUUCUUCAGUAUGUUUUGCUUGGAGCGUUCUGUCUCCACCAGGCAGUGAAAUUGUCAGACCGCAGACCUGAUCAACAGACAAGACAGAUUUAAGUGGACACCAUUAAAUCUAGAAUAUCAUAUUGCCGUUUCUCAAGGCUUGACUCUAAUGUUAUUAUUCAUUUACGGUACUUCUCCUAAAGUACCCCGUUUUGGAUCUAACCCGGGGUCUAAUAGUCAUGUAUGAGUACACAUGUACACACACACACACACACACACACACACACACACACACACACACACACACUUGGAUGGCAGACUGCCCUGUCACUGUUCAGGACUGGCUGUUCCAGAUUAGGUCAGAUUUAAUUAGACUUCCCUGCUCCUUUUGGAGUGUCAGUUCUUGUAGAAAAAGUCAUUACUAAAGGAAAGGCAAUGUUACUGAUGGCCUGAACUGAACACACACUGAGACGCCUGCCAGAAUGUCACAGAGGGUACACACAGACUCCCCAUUUAUAUCAUGCAUGCACACACACGCGCGCGCACACACACACACACACACACACAACCAAUUGGAUCCCAUAUAGAAAUGUGGAUUUACUGAGGUGAUUGAGGUGGAAAUAGAAUUUGAAUGUGUGGUUCCAGAGAAGGAAAGUUCAACAGGCAUGUAGACAGAAUAGGUAAAGGGGAAGACAGAGGCACUAAACAGUAAAACUUCACCAAUUUACAUCAGAUAUUAUUCUGGUUUUUCCAGGAAGAUAAUGGAAUUUAAUUUACUAAACAAGCACACCAGUAUUUUUUUAUUUGAUUCAUUUAAAAAUAUUUCAGUUUUUUCAAGCGCUUUCUUGAAAAUAAAAACCAAGGGUUUGAAUACAAAGCAAUGAACAAAAAAACAAACAGUAUUUUUCUAUGUUACAUUUUCAAUAUUGUUCUUAUUUUGCAUUAGUGAAAUGAAUGUAUUUAUUGCAUGUCUAAGUGUUUUAUAGGUAAUUGUUUUGUGUGUAAAUUUCGUGGGAUAUUAUCAUUAUUUUCUUUAAUUCCAAUGUCUAAAUAAAUCAUUUUUGAUAAGGCUUUUAUUUGUUUUAAGCCAUUGUGAAAAUGUUAUGUUUUUGUUUGUUUCUAUACUCAAAAUCAACUUGGCAAUAAAAAUGAAUUGCGUAAUGGUUUCACAAA